AAAAUCGGAUUCUGUCUGUUGCCGAAAGAAGCAGGAUCUUGUAUUUUUUUCAAGGCAUGGCAGAAGAGGAAUUACAAACCUUUACCUCGAUAAUGGACGCGUUGGUUCGCAUUACCUCCUCCAUGAAGAGUAUGGAGCAUGAGCUGCAUUGCCCCGUGUGCGACGGGAUGGUCAAGCAGCCCAUCCUGCUGCCCUGCCAGCACAGUGUGUGUCUGCUGUGUGCGGCUGAGGUGCUGGUGCAGAAGGGCUACCCUCCACCAGACCUGCCCCCGGAGCCCCUCUCCCCAGCCUCCACCCCCAACAUGCGCUCCCCUCGCCAGGCACGAAGACCCACGCCGCGGACCCCCGACCGCCUUGAGCGCGUCCUCAGAGCAGCCUGUGGGACCUACCCCGGGCGGAGACGCAAGGACCCGGCGCCGGCCCCCAUGCUCUUCCCCUGCCCUUCCUGUCGGCAGGACGUGGAGCUGGGAGAGACAGGCCUGACAGAGUGCCUGCGCAACCUCACCCUGGAGCGCAUCGUUGAGCGGUACCGCCACACGGUCAGCCUGGGCAGUGUGGCCAUCCUGUGUGGCUUCUGUAAGCCCCCCCAGGCCCUGGAGGCCACCAAGGGCUGUGCAGACUGCAAGUCCAACUUCUGCAACGAGUGUUUCAAGCUGUACCACCCCUGGGGGACCCCCCGGGCCCAGCACGAACACAUCCUGCCCACCAACAGCUUCAGGCCCAAGGUGUUGACGUGUCCGGAGCACGAUCAGGAGAAGCUGCAGUUCUACUGCCGGAACUGUCAGCGCCUGCUGUGCCAGCUGUGUAAGCCGCGCCGGGUGCACCACGGGCACAAGGUUCUGCCCAUCGCCCAGGCCUACCAGGCCCUCAAGGACAAGAUUUCAAAGGAGAUCUGCUACAUCCUAGCCAAUCAGAAGACAGUGCACGACCAGACCACUCAGCUGGAGGACAUUGUCUCACAGAUGGAGUUAAACAGUGAUGUGGCCCAGGAGCAGCUCAGCCAGUGUAUCCGGGAGUUGGGGGCCGCGUUGAUGGAAAGAAAGGGGGCCCUGGCAUCGGCCCUGGAGGUGUCCCGGGCCAAGAGGAUCGAGGCCCUGCUGGGCCAGGUGUCAGAGAAGAGGGGUCUGGUGGAGGACAUGGGUCUGAUGCUUUACACCCAGGAGCUGCUCAAGGAGACCGACGCACCCUGCUUUGUACAGGCCUCCAGGGUCACUCACAACAGACUAGUGAAAUCCAUAGAGCACAUGCAGUCCUUCUCCCUCUCUGCCGAACCCUCCUUCAGGAACUUCCACAUGGACCCUUCCAAAGAACUGAAGCUCCUCAACGGCCUGGAGUUCAUCUGUGCUCCCCUGGCUCCCGUGAUUGACACCCAGAAGACGCUGGCCUAUGACCAGCUGUUUCUGUGCUGGCGCCUCCCCCUGGACUCGGCCCCUGCCUGGCACUUCUCCGUGGAGUACCAGCGGAGAACGGGCGUGGUAGGCACCAUGUGGGGCGGGACCAGAUCGCCCAACGUGGCCAAUGCGUGGCAGCGUCUGGACGAUGUGGGGGGGACCAGUGCGGUGAUUGACAGGCUGGAGAUGGACAGUGUGUACGUGCUGAGAGUGCGGGGCUGCAACAAGGCGGGCUUUGGGGAUCACAGUGAGGAGGUUUACCUGCACACCCCUCCCGCGCCCGUGCUGAGCUUCUCAUUGGACUCCCGCUGGGGGCUCCAUGCUGAUAGGCUGGCUCUGGGGAAGGGGCAGACCUAUGCCCGCAGUGUGCCGGGCCUCUCUCUGCUGCAGGCCGCCGAUCGUGCCCUCACUUCCUGCCAUCUGACCUCUGACCUGCUGGUGGCUGACCUGGCUGUCACUCAGGGGAGGCACUACUGGGCGUGCUCCGUGGAGCCAGGCUCCUACCUUGUCAAGGUAGGCGUAGGGCAGGAGGCCAAGCUCCAGGAAUGGUUCCAUCUUCCCCAGGACAUGGCCAGCCCCAGGUGCGACCCAGACAGUGGCCACGACAGCGGUGCAGAGGACGGCCAGGACGCCCCUCCCUUCUGCUUCCUCACCAUGGGCAUGGGCAAGAUCCUGCUGCCCAAAGCCCACAGCCAAGGCCAGGCCGGGGGCCAUAGCCAGGCCUGUGACAACUCCCUACUCAGCAGCCACAGCAACCCCUCCCACCAGUACACCGCCCCGCUGCCCCCCCGCCUGGGGGUGUGUCUCGACUUUGACAGGGGGCGGGUCACUUUCUACGACGCCCACUCGCUCAGGGUCCUGUGGGAGGGCCAUGUGGAUUGCUCCGCCCCCGUGUGUCCGGCCUUCUGCUUCAUAGGCGGGGGGGCCCUACAGCUGCAGGACCUGGUGGCUGAACGGAGCAUAGAGGAGCCCCCCCAGCGGAGGGUCACCAUCCAAUCACAGGCUACGCGCAACGGGAAUUGAAGUGACUGACGGCUUGGGGGGGAGGAGCCGUUUGGGGCGGUUUGUGAGCGUCGUGCUUUGUGGACGAUGGGAGGAGUUGUGUUGCCUCGAGCUGUUUGUGUGAGAGCAGUGGACGGUUUUGAUCUUUUUUGAAGUGUGUUUGUCACCUUUAGGUUCCCACUGGAAAUCAUUGUUUUGAUACUUGAUUAAAUCAUCACUAGAACCGCUUGUAUAGUCAUGGGAUGUGGGGGGAUUUGAUAAUAGAAAGUGAUUAUUAUGCAUCCGCACAUGGCCUGAAAACCCUGUCCUUAUACUUCUCCUGUGGCCGCACUCUGUUAAGGUGACCGCAAUCUUCCCGUGCCCCCCUUGUCAUUCCUCUGUUGCUUGCACGGGCUGAUCUUAGACUAUACACAAAUUCCUUUUACCUCCAAACCACCUGGGAUGCUUAACACAAUUGAAGCAGAUUAUAUCAACCACAGUGUGUCUCUGCUUCUUAAAACUACUGAGGAUCUCUUGGAAUUGUCAGAUGAUAAAUAGUUGCAUGGUUUUUGCCAAAUGUAACUA